AUGAGAGACCGGGGUCAAGGGAGCGGCGAUACAACUCGUUGUUUGCGCUCAGGCCAGGCACAGUUUACCGAUUGCGACAACGUGCAACCAGCUAACUGGUGUUCAUUAAGUUUCAAUCUCAUUGGUAGCCAUAAUUCAAGCCUCAGCCGAAGGCUGAUAUGUGCGCAACCCCGCACAGGAGCGAGAUCUUACGAGUGCUUCCGUGUGAGGCAGAUACCGCUAAAUUACACACUCGACAGCCUCAUCCAGCUUUUUCUAGAGAAGUUCCCCAACGAGAGAGGCAUCACCAUAGACCGGAAACGGAGCUCACUAUUCCAGUGUUGUUACGACCCAAGGAUACAGACCGCGAUCAUUCACUUUAGCCCGAGACCUCCUCCCCCACUCGACGCGUUGAGGUUUGGCACGACAUACAGCCUUGAUAUCUCGUCUCAAUAUUUGGAUAUUCUUAUCGAUAAGAACUUCUAUGGACUAACCCAACUCUAUACACCGAGCAAGAAUAUUGAACUUGAUGUUAUUGCGAUAUCUGGUCUCAAUGGACACGCGUAUGGUUCAUGGGCUGGAGAGGCCAAUAGUGACGGGCGGAAGAAGAUGUGGCUGCGCCAUUUCUUUGAAAGGGAUAGACCAGAGUGUAGGACAAUGAUAUACGGCUAUAACUCAAGGCUGGGUGAGCCGGGUAUUCAUACGCUUUCUGACUAUAGUCGUGGGCUGCUGGAGGAAAUAGAUAAGACUCGGAAGGGAUGCGAGGACCGACCUGUAGCGCUUAUUGGCCAUAGCUUUGGGGGCAUCAUCAUAGCAGAUGCUAUUGUCAGGGACAAAGAGAAUCGCAGAGGAAACCUUUUUAAAAUGACUAAGGCAAUCGUCUUCUUUGCCACACCACAUAGAGGCCUUCUUUUUGACGAUAUAGUGGAAAUGGUUGGGGAGGGAUCCCCGCGUCUGGACCUGGUUCACACUAUCGAAAGGGGACAAGACGCAGAGCAUCUCCUGUCCUUUAACAGUUAUGCUGAAGAGGAACACUUUGGAGUAGUGAGCUUUCAGGAGACGAUGGAAACAAGGAAAGCAGAGAAGAAUUCGGUCACUGGCAAGUGGGCGAGAACUGGCGAAUACUAUACAGUUGUUGAGAGGAAGUCUUCGAUCCUGAACCUUCCAUCGCAUCUCGAGGAUGUACAAAGUGCUGAAGGGGACCACUCGUCUCUUGUCAAGUUUGAUAACCAAUCAAACCAUGCUUAUACCACCCUUUGCGAGCGACUUAGAGUUUUAUUAAGUUAUAUUGAGCAAGCUAGCGGCAAAGACCUGGCUGAGAUGAACACAAAGCUCCGACUUGCCAUUUCGAAGAACGAACACCAGCUCGUAUCAGUCCUCCUAACACUCGGACGUGCUGAUCCAAACGCGAAGGAUAUCGAGGGGAGGGCAGUCUCUACGAAUGAUAUCCGUAUGCUUAAGCUGUUAUCACGUCAUGGUGCCAAAAUCGAUAUUGGGAACAUUCACCCCGGAUACGCUACUCUAGUUCAAUACGACGACCCAAUGCAAGUACUACGCAAGCGCCCUGAAGAGGAAAUUGAUUUGAACCACUCCAAACGCCGUGGCAUGGAACAUAAGGCCUCCGAGAAUACCUCCGGUAUUAGCCGCAGAGAGAUAUUGGCCUGGCUUUCAACGCUUGCGCCGGAAGACGAUCAUGAGCGUAUAUAUGGCAAGAGACAUGGGAAUACAGGACAGUGGUUUCUGCGUUCAACAGAGGUACGAGAAUGGUUGGGGAAACUAGAGGUCUCUCUUCUAUGGUGCUACGGUAACCCCGGUGUAGGAAAAUCGGUCCUAACAUCCGCUCUUCUAGAGAGUAUUCAGACAGAUUACGAACACGAUAAAGCUAUUGGAAUAGCAUAUUUUUACUUCAAUUUCCAGAUCACGGUCAGGCCGCAGGAUGUUCUCAGUAUAUGGAUCAAGCAACUGUGCCGCCGAAUGGAUGAACUUCCGAAUUCAUUGUGUGCCCUCUAUAAAGCCUGUAUCGACAAUGAUGUUAAACCAAAACAUUGCCAACUUAAGGAUCUCUUCCAAAAAGUGGUCAACUACUUCAAACAAGUGUUUUUGGUUAUCGACGCGCUAGACGAAUGCAGUAAAGAGAGCAGGAACGACCUCGUAAAUUAUCUUGGGCAGGUUUCGUGCCGGGGCUCCUGCAAGAUCUUUAUCGCUAGUCGACGGGAAGUGGAUAUUGAACGUAAUAUCCUGUCUGCUAAGUUUGCGGUCCUCCCUAUACAGGUGACAAAGGUAGAUGAGGAUAUCGCAGUGUAUGUCGACCACGAGUUGGAAAGCCGAAACCAAGACUACUGCGCUAUUAGCAAAUCAUUAAAGACAGCAAUUCGAGCUACGCUGAUACAACAAGCGAAUGGAAUGUUCUUAUGGGUGAAAUGUCAGCUUGACUUUAUCUAUCAGCAACCAUCAGUGAAGGAUAUACGCGAUGCGCUAGACUCCCUUCCCACUACGAUGCAUGAUACCUACGAUCGGAUCUUGAAAAGAAUAAAUGAGCAGACCGAGGCCAGAAGAAAGCUAGCGCACCGUGCUUUGGCCUGGGUCAUUACCGCAAAGAGACCAUUAACAAUAGAAGAGUUGGUACUCGCGGUAGCUCUGGAACCUACUACACAGUGCUGUAAAGAGCUGCAUGGGGUGUAUUCACAAAGUAUUGUUCUCUCUUCGUGCUGUGGGCUAGUCACCAAUGAUUAUGGGACAGUAAGACCAAUCCAUUUUACCGUGCAAGAGUUUUUGAACGCCAAGGGUCUCGAGCAUUUUGAAGGUAUGAGCACGAGAGUUUUUGUGACCCAGAGUAUACUUGUAUACUUGCGCUCCUUAUGCGUCAUGGAGCAGUGUGAGACCUAUCUGGGACGGUCUAUACGCUCCGCGUGUGUCUUGGGACUAGACCUUUUCCAAUAUGCAUGUACCUUUCUCGGGUUACAUCUGCGCGAGGCAGAGAGUCCACUACCAGACUGUCUCCUCAGCCUGGUCCGAUCCUUAAUGGAGGAUGAUUACGAUGUUCUUCGAUGGGUCAUCCUUGCAACAUGUGGGAAUCCAGAAAGGGCGAUGCCUGAUGAUCCUUAUGAUUCUUGUGGCUGUUUUGGACAUUGUGAUAGUGGUCCUGAUGAUUAUAUAUGUGUGCGUGACCGGGUGGGACGGCUCAUAUACACUAGUACUGCAUGCGAGUGUUCCCUUAGCCCACUAGGUCUGUUAUCGGGUCUUGAUUUGCUACUUCUAUACUUCCAGCUAUACCCGGAUGGGGACGUUGCGGAGGAGCUCAAUGGCGUGAUCAAUGACGUGGCCCGUGGUGGGUCGGUGUCUGCGAUGAAGGAGUUGCUGGACCGCGGCUGUGAUAUUGAUUCUCGCGACUCGCAUGGAAACACUCCCCUGAUGACUGCAGCGUCUUUUGGGUGUGAGCGAGUAGUUUUGUUUUUGGUUGCUAGGGGAGCGGAUGUACAUUCGUUGGGCAGAGGGGGGGAGUCUGCCUUGUAUUAUUCCUGUAAAAAUGGCAUGGUUGAUGCAGCGAAGAUCCUUCUCGAGCGUGGUGCGGACAUUGGUUUCAAGGUGAACGGUCUGGACGCUCUCAACCACGCGACGCGUGCCGGUCAUGCAGCAGUAGUCCAAACCCUUUUGGACGCUCAUGCCGAUUCCAGUUCAGCACACUACGCCGAUGUUAAUCUUCAGGGGGAGGAAUAUGGUACCGCUCUUCAAGCUGCAGCUUUCCAGGGCGAGGCUGAGAUAGUCAAGAUUCUGUUGGAGGCUGGCGCCGAUGUUAAUCUUCAGUGGGGGGAAUAUGGUACCGCUCUUCAUGCUGCAGCUAUCCGGGGCGAGGCUGAGAUAGUCAAGAUUCUGUUGGAGGCUGGCGUCGAUGUUAAUCUUCAGGGGGGGCGAUAUGGUACCGCUCUUCAAGCUGUAGCCUUCUGGGGCAAGGCUGAGAUAGUCAAGAUUCUGUUGGAGGCUGGCGCCGAUGUUAAUCUUCAGGGGGGGGGAUCUGGUACCGCUCUUCAAGCUGCAGCUCUCGGGGGCGAGGGUGAGAUAGUCAAGAUUCUGUUGGAGGCUGGCGCCGAUGUUAAUCUUCAGUGGGGGGCGCUUUGGUGCCGCUCUCUAAGCUGCGGAUUGCUCUCUCUUUCCGAUCACCGUGAAGACAAAGUCAAUAUUUUGUUAACAGCGGAGGCCGAUACCAAUAUCAAGAGGGGUUAUUAUGGCAGUGCUUGGGGUGCCGCUAUGAAUGAUUCGUCGGGAGAAAUAUUGAAAAUUCCAGACGCGGCUGUGUAA